UACAGGGAGGAAUGAGGGGGGGGGGGCUGACGUCAGACACUCGGUCGUCGUCUGCGUUGCGUUGUCUGACAACAGCUGGGCGAACGUCAACACAUUUCUUCGAACAUCCCAAUCUCCUCCUGGACUGCCAUGGAUCAUCAAGAAUUCCAUUUCGGACCCAUUAUUAAAGAAGAACCACCAGUUGAGCUUAUUUUUGAUGACGAUAAUACGAUGAAAUCUGUAAAACAGCUUAAUUUGGAUGAGAGUCCUGUCCCUUGUCCUGAACAUUACACGAAAGGUCUGUCGACAAAUGUUAAGAUCGAAGAAAUGAACAUGAGAGAUUUCAAGGUUGAAGAAGAUUUUGAUACGAAGUUUUUUUUUAAUCAUGUGGAGAAAGAAGCCCAGCAACUGAGCCAACUUGCAAAAGGAAUUCAACGGAGGAACAGAAAGAUUAUUCACUACAGAAAGUUGUUUCAAAUAGCUAGGGACUACGCUGCCCUUUACACUGAUGAGGUACGUCAUCCAUGUCCAUUCCCCAGGUUCCGUGGUUCAACUAUUAUCCAGUGCCCUGCAUGCAUGAUACCUAGGAAUCAUUGUUCUCGUUCUGAAUUUCUUGACCUGCUUCAUCAUGUGCAAAAACGCCACCCUACAUCUUCCAGCCUUUUGUUUGGAGAGAUAUCCAAGACAUAUGGGCCUCUUAUAGAAAGCAUGAAAAGAAAAAUUAGUAGCAGAUCUAGAAAGAAAUAUCCGAUAAGAUUGAGAGCUGAGGUGCAUUAAUAUAAUUUAUCUCAGUAGGUUUACAUUACAUUUGAAGGGUGAAACUCUUUGUUUCUUGGGGACUUCUUUUGAAAACCUCCAAUAUUUUGACAGGUUUCUACAUUAUUUCUAUAUCAUGAUUGGUUGGGGUGUUUGAGUUUGAAAUGUAACUUGUAACAUUCAUCCCUUUAUUACUGUCUAUUAUAAGUUCAAAAUCCACUUUAUAAAAGUAGAUUUUUAAGUAAAGUAGAACAAUUAUUUUCCUGUAAGGCUGCUUAUCCGUACUUCCUCAUAAUGCCAGUUUGAUUAUUUUGUCUUGUUUUCCUUUCUGUUUCAAUUUGAAUUUGUGUUGUGUGUCAUUCAACUUGUAUACCCUGUCAAUGAACUGUGAUGUUGCCUGCAUAGGCGCCUCCUUUCUGUGCAUAAUGGAAUGUUGUCAUUGUAUGAUCAAAAUCCACUUUAUAAAAGUAGAUUUUUAUGUUAAGUAGAACAAUUAUUUUCCUGUAAGGCUGCUUAUCCGUACUUCCUCAUAUUGCCAGUUUGAUUAUUUUGUCAUGUUUUCUUUUCUGUUUUUAUUUGAAUUUGUGUUGUGUGUCAUUCAACUUGUAUACCCUGUCAAUGAACUGUGAUGUUGCCUGCAUAGGCGCCUCCUUUCUGUGCAUAAUGGAAUGUUGUCAUUGUAUGAUCAAAAUCCACUCUAUAAAAGUAGAUUUUUAUGUUAAGUAGAACAAUUAUUUUCCUGUAAGGCUGCUUAUCCGUACUUCCUCAUAUUGCCAGUUUGAUUAUUUUGUCAUGUUUUCUUUUCUUUUUUUAUUUGAAUUUGUGUUGUGUGUCAUUCAACUUGUAUACCCUGUCAAUGAACUGUGAUGUUGCCUGCAUAGGCGCCUCCUUUCUGUGCAUAAUGGAAUGUUGUCAUUGUAUGAUCAAAAUCCACUUUAUAAAAGUAGAUUUUUAUGUUAAGUAGAACAAUUACUUUCUUGUAAGGCUGCUUAUCCGUACUUCAUCAUAAUCGCAGUUUGAUUAUUCCAUAUUUGUUUUUUCAUCAACCAAUAACGAAGUAGUCAUCUUAAAGGUGAUCCUACAAUAAACUCAUCAAAGUCAUCGGUCAUCAACUGGUGUUAUUCAUUG